AUGGGGGACUCAGGAUCUAGACGAUCGACUCUAGUAUCUCGGUUGCCAAUAUUCAGGAGAAGUAUUAGCCGGAGACACGACUCCCUUCCGUCAUCGCCUUCUUCUGCUAAUGCCAUUGGUGUCCACACCUCCUCCCCAUCCAGCACUAACUCCAGCUCAGGGAGCACAGGCAAACGCCGGAGUAUUUUCCGCACUCCUUCCAUUAGCUUCCAUAACAAGAAAGCGAGUGAGCAGAAGCCUGACUCAGCGAGUCAAAAUGUUAACAUCUCAAAUGGUGCCCAGUCCUCUCUCAGCACUUUUCAAAAACUGAGCUUAGAGGAACACAUUAAAAGCAGAGGAAGGCAUUCAGUUGGCUUUGGCAGCUCUCGUAACAAGAAGAUAACAAGGUCUUUGACAGAUGAUUUUGAAAAGGGAAAGGAGCCCUCAGCUAAUAAGAAUGUAUUUAUAAAUUGCAUAAGCUCUGGGAAGAAUGAGGGUGAUGAUUCAGGCUUUGCAGAGGAGCAGAGCCGAUACUCUGUCAAACAUUCCACGCGAAAACUUCUCCCUAAAUCUUUCUCAUCGCACUACAAAUUUUCCAAACCAGUUCCAGAGAGUCAGUCGGUUUCCUCUGUGCAGCAGUCCAGGUGCCUGCUGGAGUUUAAAUCGUAUGUGGAAAGCGAACCCGUGAUCGCCAAGUCCUCUCCUCCAUGUUCAGCUGAGACGACAGAGUGCAUGGGAAGCUCCUUGCAGUCCCCGCUGCUCUCGGCUGACCUCACGGCUGCCCAGACCCCCUCUGACUUUGUUGCUCUGACGGAGGAUUCUGUUUCAGAGGUUGAUGCUCUGCCUAGCAAUGGGACUGGGGCCCUGCUCGCAGAGGAUUUUGGCCACAAUGUCUCUACCUCUCAGGUCUUCUUUAAUCCUGCUGCUGCUCGGGAAAUGGAUAUUGUGGAAAGUACUGGCCAUUCUGCUGGUGUAUCUCCUGUGAGUCACGCAAGUUCGUGUAGUGUUGAAUCUAAUACCUUAUUCAAAACCUCAGCUGCUAAUCAAACAAAAGUAUUGUUGCAAGCUAAUCAACUACAUAUUAAUGAUCCACGGCACAUAGGAGAAAUUAACGCGGCAAAUGCACAUUUAGAAACCUUUGCGUUACAGCACAGAGAAGAACCAGUGAUGCUCUCUCCAAUGGCACAGGGGUUGAAUGGGGACAGAGAUGAAAGCACGCCAUGCAAGCACACGAGAGAGACAGUUCCUGUAAUGGAGUCUAAGGUUGUUCCAUGUUCUGAACCUCAGUCCUUUAAGACACAACAGGGUUAUGAAACAAAUCGUUCUAAAGUUGAUCUUGCCAAUAGCUUCAGUCCAUACCGAGAAGGCAGAUUCCUUGAGAAACGACUGAGAUCCUCUUCAGAAGGUACUGCUGGAGGCAGUCGGCUGAUCAUAAAGCCAAAGGAUGGAAAUACAGAAGAGCUUAACAGCCUACGGAAGCAGAGAGCAAGCUCGUCCUCAUCAAAAAUGAACAGCAUGGAUGUUUUGAAUAACUUGGGUUCCUGUGAGUUGGAUGAAGAUGACCUAAUGCUUGACUUGGAGUUCCUAGAAGAACAACAUCACCAUCGUUCUGUUUGCCGGGAAGACUCAUACCAGUCGAUAGUCUCAUGUGCUGCCGUAGUACUUACCCCUGUAGAGCCAACAGUGGAUACAAGGAAAAAGGAACAGACAAUAAUGCCUGAUGUGUCUAAACAGAACCUUUCUCUGAAGCUGUCCAAGGAGGUAGACCAAGGAGAAGCCAGGUACCCUCGUGUUAGCCAGCUGGCUGGCAGCCCCUCUGUGGAGUGGCCUUUUACUGGUCUGGAAGAAGGUGGAGGCAUUGAAUCUUUACCCUUCAGAUUGAUGCUGCAAGACUGCACAGCUGUAAAGACAUUGCUUCUGAAAAUGAAGAGAGUUCUUCAAGAGAGUACAGACAUGAGCCCAGCUAGUAGCACCACUUCCCUCCCUGUUAGUCCUCUUCCUGAGGAGCCGCUAUUUUUCAAGGAUGGGAUAAAAGAUGAAUGCUCUGUGCUGAAGCUGCAGCUGAAGGAGAGAGAUGAACUCAUAGCCCAACUUCGUGAGGAGCUGGAAAAGGCUCAGUGCUUUCAGAAGUCUCUUGCUUCCCAAGCAGAUAAAGCCACACAGACAGAACUCGUAGGCCAUGAUGUAACGUCUUGCACCAAAACUGAAACUUUGGAGCAAGGACGUGAAGCUACAUAUCCAAACAGAAUGGUGAGCCAAAAUCUCAGCACAAGGGACAGAAAGUCAGCACAUACUCCCACCGAGGACCCUUUUAGAUACUCAUCAGGCAACCAAGCAACCGCCUAUGAAACCAAGAGCUGUCAGCUGUCUAAUUUGUGUCUGAGCAACCUCCUGAAAGAGAAGGAGAUCGUGGAAGUCAUCAAUCAUACUAAAGGCACAUAUGAAACCCUUGCUUCAGAGGUCACCCAGAACGGUUUGGCCACCACAGCAUCAAGUACAGCAAAGCCAGCAUCCAAAGCAGACAGCUACCCAAUGUUCUCAGGAGCUACAAAAGACCAAACUGCUGUACCUCGGCAGUAUACCACUUUCACAGGGAGACUCGGACAGCCUCCAAGGGGACCCAUCUCUUUACACAUGUACAGCCGAAAAAAUGUUUUCCUCCACCACAAUUUACACACAGCAGAGCUACAGACUUUAGGUCAACAAGAUGGGUAA